AUGUCGUCGGACCUUCUCAUCUACAGCGCACUCGCAUGCGCUCUCGUCACCGCGGGUUACAAAGUCCUUCGUAUCGGCUCAAGAGAGCAAGGCCUCCCGCCUGGCCCGCCAACCGUUCCCCUCCUUGGCAACGCCCUUCAAAUUCCUAGGAAAUUCACGUUUUAUCGCUUCACGGAAUGGGCGAGGGUGUAUGGCGAGAUCUACUCGCUCAAGAUUGGUUCUGGGACGGCCAUUGUUUUGUCCAGUCCUGCGGCCCUGAAGCAGGUCCUCGACAAGCAGAGCGCAGAUACGUCUGACCGGCCGCAGAACUCCGUUCUCGACCUCGUCACUGAUGGAUGGAACCUCUUCCUUUGCCGAUAUUCCGAUCGCUGGCGCCAGCUACGCAAGGCCGCGCAAACUCUGCUCGCCGCGUCGACCGUGAAGAAUUACCUUCCCAUCCAAGAGGCGGAGUCGACACAACUCCAGUUCGAUCUUCUGACAUCGCCCGAGAAAUUCUACGGCCACAUCGAGCGCUUCGGAAUCUCCAUCGUCAUGUCUAUCGUCUACGGCAAACGCGCCCCACGCAUCGAUGCCCCCAUUGCCUCCGCCUUCGUCCAUGAGAACGACCGCUGGUCUGCACUUCUCAUGCCCGGUGCGACGCCGCCCGUCGACGCCCUGCCAUUCCUCAAAUACAUCCCGGAGUUCCUCGCCCCUUGGAAGAAGGAAACGAGGGAGAUUCGUGCUUUGCAGAGAGAGCUGUACUGUGGGAUGUUCGAUGAAUGUAAGACGAGGGUGGAAGCGGGCGACGCGAACUUUUUCAUGGCGGAGGUCAUCAAAGAGCAAGCCUCCAACGGCUUGACUAGAGAGCAAGCGAGUCUCCUUGGCGGCGCCCUCUACGAAGCCGGUGCAGAGACCAGCGCUUGCUUCUUGCACAACUUGGUCCUCGUACUGUCUGCGCACCCUCAUGUGCAAGAGAAGGCGCAUGCGGAGCUUGACCGCGUUGUCGGCGACACGCGUCUUCCGACGUACGAGGAUGUCGAGCACCUCCCUUAUGUGCAGGCCAUCAUCAACGAGACGCAUCGCUUCCGCACGCUGGUGCCGUUGGCUCUUCCACAUCGUGUCACGAAGGAUACGCAAUACAAGGGCUACCUCAUCCCCGAGGGCGCGUCUGUGUUUGGUGAUCUUCGUACGUUAUGGCCUGGACAGUUUCAAGCCUUCGACGAUAACGGGCUGGUAGAUGCGGUGUAUCAUGACCCAGAGCUCUUCGAAGACCCCGACGUCUUCAACCCUGAUCGCUACCUAGUUACUCCGCACGGCACACGCCCGGGCGUAGACGAUAGUGAUAUGCGCUCGACUGUCAUCUUCGGCUAUGGUCGCCGCAUCUGCCCUGGAAUGCAUCUAGCGACCGUGUCCGCGCUUCUAGCGACCAUGAAGCUGCUUUGGGGCUUCGAGUUUCGCCCUCCGACAGACCCAAUCACUGGCAAGGAAAUCCCGCUUGACCUUCACAUGAACAGGGAGGGCGCGGCGAUCGGUCCACCUCACUUCAAGUGCAACAUCAGUGUCAGGAGCCCGGAGCGCGCUGCAGUCAUCGAGCGUGCGUUCAGAGUCGGCGCCACGGAGACAUUGUCGGCCUUCGAGUAUAAUUUGGCGAAGGAGGACAGGGAGUGGCUGGACCAAGUUCGCGCGGGUUGA